AUGGCUUCGAAGCAGCAAACUAUAUACUUCGGUCGCUUCAUCGACACACCUACACCAACAGCUUUACGUAUACGGACUGGAGCAAUACUCGUGAAUGCAAGCGAUGGGACUGGCAAAAUCGAGAAGGCCGACUGGACCGUAACUUCUGCAAAUGAUGCGACAAGCAAGCUUGGCGUCGAGGCGCCGGUCGUGGCUGCCGGUGAUGAUGGGUUCUUCUUUCCUGGUUUUAUAGAUACACAUAUACACGCACCACAAUACCCCAACGUCGGCAUAUUCGGCAAAACCACCCUUCUCGACUGGCUCACAACCUACACCUUCCCCGUGGAAUCCUCACUGGGCAACCCAAACUCUCCCAUGUACACCAAGACCCUCCCAAACGGCACAUCAAACCCAAAACAAAUCGACCCCCUAGCACGCGCCAAAACAGUAUACACCCGAACCCUCCAACGAACACUCUCCCACGGCACCACGACAGCAUCAUACUUCGCGACCCUCUCCGUCGCCGCAACGAACCACCUCGCCGACCUAGCGCACAAUAUAGGCCAGCGCGCUCUGAUCGGUCGUGUGUGCAUGGACGAACCCGCCACGUGUCCGGACUACUACCGCGACUCAUCAGCAACUGAAUCCCUCGAGGCGUCGAAAGCGUGUAUAGCGCACUGUCGCAAAGUCGACCCCACAGGGCUACUGGUCGCGCCCAUCAUCACGCCACGCUUUGCGCCCAGCUGUACUGUUGAGAGCUUGCGCAAUCUGGGCCAGCUAGCCAGUAGUGAGGACGUGAGGGUGCAGACCCAUCUCUCCGAGAACCGUAACGAGUGCGCACUCGUCAAGUCGCUCUUCCCUGAACGGGAAUCAUACACAGAUGUAUACGACCACGCUGGGCUACUAACACCCAAAACGAUCCUUGCGCAUGCUAUUCAUCUGGACGACAAGGAGAUCGAGACCAUCGCCCAGCGCGGCGCGAAGAUCUCGCAUUGCGCGGCGUCGAAUUCUGCAUUGGGCAGCGGCUUUUGCAGAGUGAGGACGCUGUUGGAUCGAGGCGUGGAUGUUGGUCUAGGCACGGAUGUUAGUGGUGGGCACUCGCCUAGCAUAUUAGAUGCGGUGAGGCAGACUUGUUUCGUGAGUAGACAUGUUGGGUUCUUGGAUGGAGGCGACUCACGAUGGAAUAUUGGCGUGGAGGAGGGACUGUGGCUGGCGACGGUGGGAGGCAGUAAAGUCGUUGGUAUGGAGGGCUCGGUGGGAAUAUUUGAGGAAGGCGCUGCUUGGGAUGCGCUGGAGAUACGCUUAGGCGCGGACAUCGGUUCAGAAGACGAAGCAGAGGUAGGAGAGAACGGUGUAAGUAUCUUCGGAUGGGAGAGCUGGGAUGACCGAGUCGCGAAGUGGGUGUGGAAUGGUGAUGAUAGGAAUGUGAGGAGGGUAUGGGUUGGUGGAAGAUUGGUGCAUGAACGAAAAUCGUAG